AUGGUUGGCAACACGUACCCGUAUACGUCCGAUGAUUGGGGGGAAGACAUAUCUCUCGCUUCUGCAUCUGGAAUUGACGGCUUUGCCUUGAACGUCGGCGUCGAUGAUUUUCAAAAAGAUCAAGUUGCCGCUGCAUACGCUACUGCCCAACAGUCAGGUCUGGAUUUCAAGUUGUUCCUCUCUCUUGACAUGACGUCACUGCCGUGUGCAACUGCAGACGAUGCCCAGUCGAUACGAUCAUGGGUACAGACAUACACGACGCACAGUAAUCAGCUUAUAUAUGAUUCCCGUGCAUUGGUCUCUACGUUCUCCGGAGAGUCUUGUACAUUCGGCCAGAGCAGCGUUGCAGAGGGAUGGAAGUCCCAGUUUGUUCAGCAUUCCGACCUUCAGGGCCAGAUCUUCUUUGUCCCGUCUUUCUUCGUAGAUCCAUCGACCUUUUCGGAUUACAAAGAUGUCAUGGACGGAGAUUAUAAUUGGAAUUCCGGCUGGCCUGUGGACUUGACGACGUCUGUUGCUGAUGCGAUCUUGGCGAACGCAAGUUCUUCCACCAGCGGGAGCGCAGCCAAUGCCUCUUUGAUUGCAGCUACAGUGGUUUCAGCGACAUCUAACGCCGAAUCGCUGCUCAGUCGGUUCAUCGGUUCAACAGAAACAGAUCAACAACAUCUGGAGGCAUUGACAGCCCUUUCAGAUGGGCUCUCCUCCCGAGCUGAGUCCAGUUCCGAGCCUGUAUAUAUGGCUGCUGUCUCUCCUUGGUUCUUCACACAUUACGGCCCUGAUACUUACAACAAAAAUGCAAGUGCCUUCGUCUACCUAUCUGACGAGCACCUAUACUCCCGGCGCUGGGAAUCCUUGGUUGAGUCUAGGGAUUCUAUCAGCAUUGUGGAGAUAAACACUUGGAACGAUUACGGCGAAUCACAUUAUAUCGGACCCAUUAAGGGUGCUCAACCUAACAGCGAAGCAUGGACGAACGGUAUGAAUCACACAGCAUGGUUGGGGUUGACCGCAUAUUAUGCCUCUGCCUUCAAGACUGGUGCUUAUCCGACGAUCGAGAAGGACCAAAUCUACAUGUGGUCGCGGCCUCACCCUGCAGCUGCAGAGGCACCUGAUUCUGUAGCCCAGCCCACCAAUUACCAACUGUUCCAAGAUUACGUUUGGGCUGUCGUCCUUACCACUGCUCCGUCGUCUGUGACGCUGAGCACUUCGGAUUCUUCGUCCCAAACGUUUGAUGUUCCUGCCGGUCUAAGCAAGCUCUCCGUUCCUAUCAGUCCCGGUGAUACGAUGAAAGGAACGAUUGUCAGAGACGGCCAGACUGUGGUCGAGCUGAACGCCGACAGCUUUACCUUCGAAGGUAGCCCACAGACAUAUAACUUUAACGCUUUCGUCGCUAGUGCAAGCGCCGAGUAA